AUGGGCAGCGGCUACUACCUAUACAACGCCUUUCCCAGGUUCUACAACCGCUACAUCAACUUCCUCGGCGGACCGUGCUACGGAUACUCGCUUUUCCCCAACCGUCUCGCAUUUGCUGUCCGCCAAUUGUCCGAGAAGAAAGUCUCGACAGCUAGUCAUGGAACUUGCAAGCUCGCACUCGCUACCGUCAACGAGAAAGUGGCCCCAGGUCUCAUCCCUUUGAAGGACCUCGAGAAAGGUGUUCAUGGCAUCAUGGAGGCUUGUGCCAACCCACAAAAGGAAACCGCUGAGGCAACGCAUGCCGGCAAAGUCGACGAAAAGCAAGUUGCCAUGCUCAUCACCCACACAGAUGCUUAA